CCGUCUUGCAUCACCCCCGCCAUCAAUUGGACUCCUUUUUCGACUUUCCCUUCCGAUCCACUUCCUUCACUGACACACACCGGCACGGGGCGGAAACGCACACUAACGCUGACGAGGCUGUGAAUGGUCUGAUGGACGAGCGAGUGAUUGCUGAAGGCAUUCCGCUGUGUACUUGUAUAAAGCGGCCUUUGUGUCUCUUCAUCUUUGUCCCGGUAUUCCUUCUUUGGAUCUUGCCACUCCAGUAUACUCUACCGCCAACCUUUCGCGAGCCCGCUGAAACAUUGGAAUGCUCCGCGAAUCAUUCCCUGCCGCCACUUCUGCAAGCCAAGGCUGCGGGGAACCUUCCGGACAUGCAAUGGACACUGACAGCCAGCUUGGCCACGUUCUGGCUGCCAUUCAAACAUCCCGACCAGUUUUGAUCAAGGUUGCCAGAUUCCUCUUGUCGGAAUGUCGACAAAGAUCAGCGCCUGGAACCGCGGUGCAGUCGAUGACUUUGAGCUCGCUCUUCAAGCCCUCGCUUGCCGGAAAACGCAAGCGCUCCGUUACACAUUUCGAGGGCAUCCCAAUAUCGGCCAUCUCUGCCCCGUCCCUUUCCCCAUCUCUCUCAUCUUCACCCACCUUUACCCCUACUUCCUCUCCGGCAGACUUUCGACUUCAUUCCAAAUACAAUGACAACAUUCAGGGGCGGAGGUUAGUCUCGCUCAAGCUGGCGAUGGGCUUCUACCAGAGCAUGUCGGGUCUGUCUGUUGGGGAACAAGGAGGCUCCUGGUGUUCGAAUAACUCGAGAGGAGAUGAUGAUUAUCAGUUCGCAUAUGGUUAUCUAAACCAAGAACAGAAGCCGCAAAUUGAGGACGACUCGGAGGGUGACGACGACGACGACAUUGAAACCGACAGCGAUGAUGAGGACGAUGUCGUCCUAGUCUUUGACCACCCUACCUGGUGAUUAUCUAUCUUAGUAUCUGCCAAGCAUCUCGUAGAUCCGUACUGUACUGUAUAACCCAUAGUUGAACGCAUGCAUCAUUCCCCUAA